CAUAGGUGUCAACCAAGCGGGAGGCCGAGCAGGGCCAUUCAAAAGGAAAGAUUUCCUUGAAAAAGGAGAUUGGAUUGCCCGGUAAGGUGAAAGCUGAAAUCAUGGAGGUAAAGCCGGUCAAAACAGAGAAGAAACCAACCGGCGAGAAACAGUGGACGGAGAAGUAUUGCUCUUUUCACAAAACUGACUCCCAUAACACUACAGAGUGUAACAGUGUGAAAGGAGUAAUAAAGCAGAUGAUCGAGGCCGGGGAGAUUGAUCCUGAGUACCUGGCUCAAGCCAAACCAAAGAAGAAUCAAUGGGUUAGGCCUGAAGGACAGCCGGCCGAACAGAACAAGAAGAAGAAAGCAGCCGGCAAGGAGCAUUUACAGGUCAUCUACGGUGGACCGGAAGGGGGAGAUUCUGCUUCCCAAAGGAAGAAGUGGGGGAGAGAGCUCUACGUGGGGACGGUAGCCCUCAAUCCCCGGUCAAAACAAGCAAGACGGGAACCGAUCACUUUUACUGACCGGGACCUUCCCGCCACCGGAGAAGAUCACAAUGACCCCCUGGUGAUAACUAUGGACAUGGGUGGAGUUGAUGUCUCCCGGGUACUUGUUGACACGGGCAGCAGUGUUAACAUUUUGUACCUGGAGGCAUUUGAGAAGCUCAAGUUGUGUCGAACACGGCUUGAGCCCCUAAAGACUCCCCUGUCUGGGUUUACCGGGGACUCAGUCGAAGCUGAAGGGUCGAUUCUUCUAACUUGUGAGCUGGGCACAGGCGACCAGGUCGUCCAAAAGCAAAUGAGGUUUGUAGUUGUGAACACCAAAUGUGUUCACAACGCUAUUUUGGGCCGGCCUGGGAUAAACAAGGUUCGAGGGGUCAUCUCCAUGGCCCACCUCUCCUUGAGUCGUUUUCUCUCCCGGUCUGCUGAGAGGGCUCUGCCUUUCUUCAAGGUUCUGAAGAAGGCUAAUACAUUCGAGUGGGACCGGGAGUGCGAGGAAGCCUUCCAGCAGCUGAAGGAGUACUUAGUCUCAGAUAUUGUUUUGUCAAAACCCAAACCGGGUGAGAUUUUGUACUUGUAUCUGGGGAUUUCCCAAAACGCUUUCAAGAUAGAGUAUAAACCAAGGACUGCGAUUAAGGGUCAAGCUUUGGCAGACUUCCUCGUUGAACUGACCGGUCUGGAGCCCAAAGCCGGACCUUCCCAUACGGUCGAACCGUGGUGGGAUAUGGCCGUUGAUGGGGCCUCUGGACCGAAGGGAUGCGGUGCCGGCGUAGUCUUCACUACCCCGGAGGGAUUCAAGAUUUACCAUGCCCUGAUUUUCAACUUCAAGCUCACCAACAAUGAGGCGGAGUAUGAGGCGUUGGCCGGUGGCCUCAGAUUAGCCCGGACACUCGGAAUAAAAAGGAUGAAGAUCCGUUCCGACUCAAGUCUAGUAGUCGGACAGGUCAAUGGUGAGAUGGAGGUAAAAGAGGAUCGCCUGGCCCGGUAUGGUGAUCUGGUCCGAGCGCUUCUAAGGGAAUUAGAAGAGUUUCGUCUGACUAGGAUACCCCGGUCGGAAAACGCUGAUGCAGACAUGCUUUCAAAAUUGACGCAAGCUUGCCCAGAGCAUGUGUCAAAAUUGGCGAAAAUUAAGAUACUGGACGUACCGAGUACAGACCGGUUUGAAGUCGCGGCCAUCCAACCGGGCCAGACUUCAGCGACCGGGAUAAUCGGAGCAGACGAUGACUAGAGAUACGAACUCAUGGAGUAUUUGGAGACCGGUCAGAAGCCUGAUGACGAGGAACGAGCCAGGAAGGUGGUCCUACGGGCUCCACGUUUCCAGGUAAUCGAUGGUCAUCUAUACAAACGUGCCAUUGGCGGACCACUCUUGCGUUGCCUCACCAACCCAGAGGCUGAACGCGUAAUUGCCGAAGUACAUGAGGGAGUUUGUGCAGCCCAUCAAAUGUCCCGCACUUUGGCUCAAAGGAUCAUCCUGCUAGGCUACUAU